AUGCUCUACGAACGUUAUGUUUAUGGCUAUUUCGAACAACAGUCGACAAGAUCCAUCGAGAGCCUGAUCACCAAACCAGCACUACCUUUGUUAGUGAAAGAAAUGAAGGAGAUUGGAUCGAAAGAAUUCGCUUUCUUGGCACACGAAUUUAAGCCUCGCGUUCGGAGUGCGCAAAGCCUCCAAGCUAUCCAGUCGACGAUAGAGGCUCUUGGCCUACCGCAAGAGGAAAGAUACGUUUCACUCCUACGCGAAGGCGAAAGUAUGGACGCAUUGCACGAGCUGGAUUCAUGGUUGAUCCUGUGCCUUACACCUAGCGUCGAAAGCAUUGCCUUGAACUUCUAUUACUGUCACGAGGAGGACAGUCAGACAGACCCGCCCUGUCCCUGGGAUUGUCCCCUGAAAGGUUCAAAUGUCCAAAAACUGAAGCUGUACAAUUUUGAAUGCCAUUACGAAACUUUCGAGAGGCUUCUCGGCUCCUUCCAAGCACUUGAGUCCUUCUCGUGGACAACGCCCAGAACUUACCACGAAGGCCUUCCAUACGAAUGGUCAAACAUCAAGACGUUGUUGCAGACGCUUCAUCCGCGGCUUGAGGCUCUAAAGAUCAAGGAGAACCGCGACUGGAUGGUUAUGGGACUUUCAAAACUUGGAUCACUCCGAGAGUUCACGAGUCUGCGAUACCUCUAUCUGCCGCUAGAGAUAAUGCUUGAUCCUGCCGAAGAAACUGGGAAUUCACCUGCCGAAGAAACCGAGGAUUCAAACCUUGGUGCACUCCUGCCCACAGGCCUGGAGACAUUUGUGCUUAGCCGAGACAACCAUAACAUGGUUCGACUUCCCGAAGACCGACUUAUACCAAUACGACGCACCGCACGCGACGAGGUUGCUAAUGAGUACCAGAAGCAUCUGUAUGCACCGUGGGAGCGUCAUAGCUUUGGUCACCGUCUGCAAAUUAUUCCGCCGCCAGCCUUCUUCGAGAAACUCGGUGAUGAUUACGAUACCGAAUGGAGGGACAUCUGGACGUACGUACGGGAUUCAGACCAAGAGUACUCAGACCGAGAGUACCCAGAAGAAGAGGUUUCAGAAGAAGAGGGUUCAGAAGAAGAGGGCCUAGAAGAAGAGGGCCUAGAAGAAGAAGAACACGAAGCAGAAGAAGCAGAAGAAGUCUAA